AUGGAUCAAUUUCUUGCUACACUUCCAACUGGGUGUAGAUUUAGCCCAACCGAUGAAGAGUUAGUCGCCAUGUAUCUAUUCAAGAAAACCAAAAAUCUUAACCUAUCUGACGUCGAGAAUAUGAUUGUCCCUGUUUGCGACUUGUACGGCGAUAAAGAACCAUGGGAGUUAUGGGAUCAAUUUUCCCAAAAUCAGUUGUUUACUAAUGGCGAUCUUUAUUUCUUCACUGAAUUAAAGAAAAAACCUAAAAGCUCUAGAAUUUCGCGUCGAGUAGGAAAGGGUACUUGGCAUGGUGAGAAUAAAAGAGAGCCUGUGAACGUUUUACUUGAUGUUGGAAGUGCUAAACAGUUGAUGAUACAAGCAACUAAGAAAAGGUUUAAUUAUAGAAAUCAGAAUUCUGCUCACCAUUGUCGUUGGACUCUGCAUGAGUUUAGUCUUGAUAAUGUCAGCACCAACUGGGUGCUUUGCCGCCUUAGGAAUAAUCAUGUUUCUGAUUCUGUUAACAGUGUGCUUGUUUUGGAGAGGGUUUCAUCUAAUGGGAAGAAUGCUGAGGCGGAUGAACAAUGUCCUAACUCUGAGAUUGUUCCUUUUGAGAAACGUUUGAAGACUAGUGAUCGGAGCACAGUUCUAGUCGCUGGGCAAGAAUCUGAUUCCAACAAGGCUUGCAUUGUUGUUGCUGAACAGGAUAAUGGAUUUGUGGGUGGUCGUGACUUGCCAGAGUAUGGUUCAAUUGCUAAUGCUGGUUAUGAGUUUGAGAAUGAUAGCACAUAUAGCGAGUUGUCAAUGAUCUGCUAUGGUUCCAUGGUUUCUUCAGUUUCUAAUGAUGAGUUAUUUGGGAAUGUUGAAAGGUUUAAUCAAGGAAAUGUUGCUUCUGCUGACAUCCAAACAUCAUCUCAACGAGCCGAUUCUGAUUUUGCUUCUCAAACAGGGCAGAAUGGCAUGCAUUUCUAG